GUUUAUCUUCGCUUAACGACGGAAACUUCAUCUGCUGGAAGAGAUCAACCACCACAGGAGCAUCUUCGGGAGCUAUGGAUCCAUCGUCAUAUGGUUCAUGCCCGCGAGUCAUCGUAUAGAGCACUGAUCCUAUGGCAAAUUGCUCAUAUCGGGCGCCGUUGUCUCCAAAUUAUCCACGCUCGUCGCCAGCCUCAGUGCCGAGCACACGCGCCCACGGAGACGCGCUUCCUUCUGCACGUGUCCCGAGCUCCUGAACAGAAUCAAAAUCCGUGAGCUUGAGAUGCUCGUGACUGUCAAGAAGUAGAUUGGGCGGUCGGAUGUCUGUGUGGACAUAUCCGAGAGAUUCAAGCCAUGCAGCCGCACUCGAAAGUUCCAUGAUCCAUCGCUCGACAAGGGAAAUCGGCUCUCUUUUUUUGACUUCCAUGAGACUACCUCCAUGUGGACCUUCGUCCCGGAUCUGAUGCUUACGCAGACGUUCAUCCAGAGUGCCACCGCUGUAGAAUGCGAGGAAGUUGCCCGUUGGAACCCUUAAGAAACUUUGAGGAAGGUCUGGACAUGGAGAGUGCAACUCCAGUAUGUCAUAGAAUUUGUUUUCGUGGGCGAAUUUGUCGCAAUCCUCGUCCCGUGGCGAUUUCAACGCGAUACGAUCGUUGAUUUUGUGGACCCAUCCUACCGCUCCGAGAGAGAUGAAUUCACCCCGAGAUGCGGGAAUCUCUCUCCUAACACGUAACAUGUUGCGUGCCUCCCAUCGAUGAUAUCGAAGAGUUGUAGAGAGUUCACUGGGAUGAAAGGAUAAGAAGCGGUGCACAGAAAAUGCAAGCGAGAAGGUGUUUAUGCGGGGGUGUACAGUACGUUAGAACACGUGAGCGAAUUGAAUUUCGCGCCGAACGCUUUUCAAACUCCAGACGGCAGCCAGGUUGCAAAGCCGUGUGCGUUGCUGUGCCAAAGUUAGAGGGGCGUUUGGUAGGAAGUUGGAUGCCAAGGAAGAGGCGACUUUGAGAACGAGUAGCGUCAAGACAUGUGGAAGUUGGCUCCAGGAUUGCAUGGGUUGGAAUUGGAAUGCCUAUGUAUGAUGGAAGGGACGAAAAGCUUUUUUGGUGCCAGGAGAGAUUUGAAAGGUCUGACCCCGAAAGAGCAGUCUCGGCUCCCUUUAGAAAAUUGAGCCCGCUGUAAAAGGUUCGAAGCGGGUCCCGGGAGUCUUCCAGCUGGGACUUAAACAUUUGGUGUAGCGAGGAAAGGAUCGAUUGGAUGUGGAGUUGCGGCUCGACCCUCUCACCCGAAGCCCACGCUCUCAGCCUCAACUAGUUCUGGAAAUCACGCACGCGACCAAGAAGAGAAGUCCCAUUCCAGAAGUCCUAAUUCUUAUUCUCCAUGCACUUCACUGGAAUGCGGGUCUACUGGCACUGGAAUAUGGACGACGUGUGGGUACGUCUCAAGUUAUCAGCUGAGCUUGACUUCUCUUGUGAAGCUUUCUCAGCAAGCCACCAAGAUGAAUGAUCCAUAUGUGCAGGAAGUAUGACCAACUUAUUGGUAUCGUGAAGGCAACAUGGGUUUCCACGGUAAGACUGAUGUUUUGAAUGCACGGCUUCUGUUCCAGUCUUUCUUCGUAUGAAAAGGAGAAGAUCAUCCCUUUCAGAUGAUGAUGAAGUGUCGUUGAAUUUUCGCUCUUUUCGAGCAUUCGCUGUUUGUCAUGUCGUCGUUAGCAUUUCUUUUGAAGGCAUUCGAGGAGGUUGGACUCGUCUCUCUUUGGCGUUCGCCUCUCGAUACCAAACUUCUCUGUAUCCAACGAUUUGUCCGUCUUUUCGGUUACGGGAGCUCAACGCUCAUUCUUGUUUCUUACUUGACUGCUCUGGAAAUCUCCAAAUCGCGGAUCGGUCUAUUCAUGACCCUUACACUCAUUGGAGAUACAGUUCUGAGUUUCAUUUUAACGAUAUUUGCGGAUGCUUUGGGAAGAAGAGCGAUCCUGCUACUUGGUGCUGUGCUGAUGACGAUUUCUGGUGUUGUCUUUGCAUUGGUUGGAAAUUAUUGGGUCUUGCUCAUUGCUGCUAUUGUUGGAGUUAUCAGCCCAAGCGGUAAUGAGAUAGGCCCGUUUCGAGCCAUCGAAGAGUCAAGCAUCGCACAGCUUACACCGGAGUCAAAUCGAGGAGAUAUAUAUGCUUGGUACUCUCUGCUUGGAGCAGCAGGCUCAGCGUUUGGCAUGGGAGUAUGCGGCUGGGUGCUGGACUUUCUAAAAAAAAGCCUGCUUUGGGACUUGCUACGCGCGUACAGAGUGGUAUUCUUUGUGUAUGCUGGGCUGGGGGUAGUGAUGAUCUGCAUAGUCCUGUGCCUGAGCAAGGAGUGUGAGAUAUUGAGGUCUCCAACCAGUAAUAUGGACACCCUGUCGGGGGAAAGGGAAACCCAAUCAAAGGGAAAUUUCAUCUUUUCCAAGAUACCAACUUUCACUCGCAGAAGCAAGUUUGUUGUUGCCAAGAUCUGCGCGCUGUUCGCUCUGGAGUCGUUUGGCAGUAAUCUAGCUCCAUUAUCGUGGAUCACCUUCUUCUUCCACGAUAAAUUCAGUCUCCCAGAGAGCAAGAUCGGCACUUUGUUCUUCAUCACGACAAUCGUUGCUGCUAUUUCCAUGCUCUUCGCAGCGGCGUUAGCGAGGAGAUUUGGAAACAUCAAGACCAUGGUCUUCGCACAUCUUCCUUCGGCAAUCUUUCUGUCACUAAUACCUGCUCCUAAAUCUGCUGAGGUCUCCAUUGCCUUUCUCGUUCUCCGGUCUUGCACGCAGUCAAUGGAUACCCCACCUCGAUCUGCUUUCCUGGCAGGCAUUGUCGAACCGCAUGAGCGUACAGCAAUGAUGGGAUUUGUGAACAUUGCAAGAUCGUCUGUAUCAAGCUUCAGCCCUCUCAUCACUGGCGUGCUUGCUGGAAAGAAGAUGCUUUGGGCUGCCCUUGUGAUGGCGGGGUCACUACUGGUUACAUACGAUCUUGGGAUUCUCGUCAUCUUUGGUCGGCACAAGAGAGAAGAUAAGCCGGUUGACGAGGAGUCAGAUGGAGAGGUAAUUUACGAAGAGAAUCCAGAGAGUAUCGAAAUUUUGAAAGAGGGAAAGCUGGCAAAAGGAACUCGCGUCGCUGCAGCUCAGGUCCAAGAUGAUUCUAAAGGGGAAAAGGACCCAAAAGAUCCCGUAAAGUGACGAAUGGAGGCGUUGAAAACGGCCUUAUACAGAGCUCAAUGGAUGUACGAUAAGGAACAAACCAAUUGAAGCAUUUCACGAAAAUGUUGGUACAGGUCUGAAGUUACUACUGCACUUGAAGUAAGAGCUUCAAUGGACUGAUGAGUGGCACAGCCGGCACACCCUAAAAGAGGAAAGCCUACAGAGCAGUCGUUAGCGCAAUGCACCUGUAACCCCAGGACCUGGUCACUGAACUGGCCCUGACCGCCAAGACGGGAAACAUCCCAACAU